UUCCCAAAAUGCAGCAGAACAUGGGCUAUGGACAGCAUCCAGUUUUUUGGAUCAACCAGCAUGAAAGGCCUACAAUUCUGACCCAUCCAUCCAUGCACCCACCACCUCCAUUUCCAAAUUUCAAGAGAAAGCAACGCAAAGAUGGAACUUGUGUCUGUCUUUUGAUCAUUUUCCUUCUGGUACUGUUGGCUUUAACAGGAGUUGGAUUGGGUACUUAUAAAAUCCUUGAACUGCAGAAGGAGCUGGACCACGUGAAAGAGUUUUCCAGUGAUGUAGAACUAGUCCCUUCCUCUGAAAAGUUAAUAGGGCUGAAUAAAAAUUCAGAGAAAAAAGUAGGCAGACAGGCUGCACAUGUGACAGGAAAAGAAAGCAAAAAUUUGCCCUUAGUUUGGGAGGACAAAACAGGGCGUGCAUUUACUGCUGGCAUCGCAUACAAAGACAGAGGACUAGUGGUGAAUGAAACAGGCCUUCACUUUGUCUAUUCCUCUAUUUACUUCCGGGGCACAGACUGUCCUACAAAAGACUUGACUCAUAUUGUCUACAAGAAGCCUUUACGGUAUCCAGCUGAGAUGAGACUCAUGGAAAACAAAGAGUAUCAAACUUGUAUCCCCCGUGUAAUAUGGGGAAGACACAGUUAUCUAGGAGCAGUAUUCAACCUCACUAGUUAUGAUGUAUUAUAUGUCAAUGUUUCCAAUGCCAAUUUAAUCAGCUUUGAUGAAACAAAGACAUUUUUUGGAAUUUAUAAACUAUGAGACUGUCUGAAAGUGUCACAGAUCUUGCAACACAAAUUUCCUCCAGGUGGUAGAUGUACGUCACUACCAUCAAGGUUGCUAUAUCAAAAAGACUUGUACUGGUUUCCGUGUUUUAAUGGAUAUGAAUGACAUUUCCCAUUCUGAAAUCAAGAAAAUAUGAAAAUACAUCAAUUAAAUUUUUCACUUUUUUACGGACAAACAGAAUAUGGGUUAUCAGACGAGACUUGUUAAAUUGACAUUAGACGAUGGAUUUUGCAUUUUAAUGACUAUAAAUGCCUCUUCUUUCUGUUGUACUGGAGGAACAAAGAAAAUAACAUACAGUAUGGAUUAAAAAAAUGGCAUUUACGAUACUUCAAGAAUCCUCAUCUACAGUAAGAGAUUUGCUUACAAUGCAAAACUUUGGCAAAUACAGGUGUGAUGGGAGAAUGACAGAUUUCUGGAUGAUGUAGAUGCAGAAAGACCUUAAGCACUAAAUGUGUUCUGCAGAAAUCACCAUGGAAGAAUUUCUAUGUUGAUCUAGGUAUUCAGAAGAGCAAUGGUACUACCAGAAUUUUGGUACUAAAACAGAACGUACCAGUAUUGUAAUGGCCUGGAUCAUUUCAUAUCAAUAUUUCACAUAGUAUUCCCAGUGCUGAGAAAAUAAAAUAUGAGCGCAGUUAAGGCAAAUUCAUUCUGACUAUGCACAUGUACAGUAUACACUCUGAAACUAGCAAAAGCUAUGAACAGAUAUGGUAUCCCCAAAUGGAAGUAAAGUUUUGUUUAGUGUCUUCCUCACACCAACUUUGGACCAGACCACAAGGGUACAGAGGAAAUCCCCAAUGGGCCCCACUGCCUGAGGGCCCCACCCUUUCCUCUAAUAUCAGGUUUCAGAAUGUGAUCUCAAAUUAUAUAGUGUUAUUCUAUUAGAUGGUCAGUUACACUGGGGCAGAUGUAUUAACCUGGAGAAGGGAUAAAGCAGUGAUAAGUGCAAGUUGAUAAUGCAACAGCCUGUCAUUAUGAAUUUGAAAAAUGACAGUUAGGAGCUGACUGGCUGGUGAGUUAUCACCUUGUACUUAUCACUGCUUUAUCACUGCUUUAUCACUUCUCCAGGCUUAAUACAUCUGCCC